UUUUGAUAUAAAUCUUUAUAUGUAACAUACUUUUUGUAAUAUGUUUCUGUCUUGACAUGGAAUGAAUAUUCAGUGUUUUGAUACUUACAAGGAAAACAUUACAGAGGAGCACAGAAACCGAAAGACUGAGCUGAUUGGUCGAGAGAGAGGAGAAGGAGGGGUUUACAACAUGACAUCCUAACUGAGGUAGUAUAAAUAGGAUCUUGGGCCACAUUCUGCUGUAGGCAAGGGGUUGACUGAGACUACAGACGACAACUUGCUGCUCAUGGAAGUGUGUAAGUCAGAUUUCAGACUCUUAAUGGGUGUUUUUAAAGUUACAUCAUAUUUGCAAAAUUGUGUAUGAGAUCUGUAUAAUACAUCAAAUUUCUCCUAUUUUCUAGAAUUCCAACCAAACAGAGGACAGUUUCCAUCAGUCUACCAUCAUGCCUAUGACCAGUGUGAGGUAAGCACAUAAACGCUCUUUCUGCUAUUGCCUACACUGUGUCUGUCACAUCCCGAGAGUUUCACAGCUCUCUUUCUUCCUCCAGCGUCCUGCCUGCGGUUGACCUCAGGUCAGCAGCUCAGUCAGCUGGACUCGCUGAGCUUGCUGUCACACUGUGCUUAAACCAACGUAAACAACUGUGUCCUCAUGUCUGGGUUCCCAUCCUUAAACCACAGCGUCCCUGCAUCCGCCCCCACGUUUCAGAUCAGCUAUCCUCUGAUUUCUUUAACCAGGCCUUUCUGAACCACCUCCUCCCACCUUUCUUGAAAGAUUUGGAUGAUGAUGAUGAUGAUGAUGUUGUGCUCCCGAUCAAGAACAAGCAUGUAGUUUUCGCGGACUCGCAGGGGUUGUCUCUGACGGCCGUGCGAGAAUUUUCUGAUGAAGAGGAGCAGUGUGACCUCGACCUCUUGCCAUCGCUGCAGGAUUUGGGAAGCAUGACGGAGGAUGGUUACAGCUGCACCGUCAGCACCUGCUGCCCGGGUACACGCCUCAAACUGGGCUUCCCGCUGCCCUCGGCAGAUUUUCAGGCCUUCCGAGCCAAGCUGGCAGAGAGCAUGGUAAUCCUGGAGAACUGCAGCGUCACAGAUCAAACCAUACGAGGAACCGUCCGAGUCAGAAACAUCAACUACCAGAAGGAUGUCAGUGUUCGCAUCACCUUCGACUCCUGGCAGAGUUGUAGAGAUGUACCCUGCACAUUCCUGCCGAAACGCUUCGGCGGACCCCAGAUAGACAUCUUUGAAUUCAACAUUACCGUUCCCAAAGUGCUCGAUGCCAAAAGGAGGAUAGAGUUCUGUCUGAGGUAUCUUCCAGGAGGGCAGAGUGAGCCUUUCUGGGACAACAAUAAUGGUGAGAAUUACAGCAUCUCUGUGAGUGUAAGCUCACAUCUCUGCCGUGGCAACAGUCCUUAUAAAAGGGCAUAAAUCAAACCUUCAGCGAUUGCUCAAGCUUGAGCUAAAUUCUUCAGCGUGCUGUUUUCUUUUACUCUAAAUUGACCUUUCUUGUUUGUUGAGACAUCGAUUUAUCUGUUUUGUAUAAAAAGGUUUCUAAAACUUGUCAUUGUCUCCAGCUUUCUUUCACAUUCAGACUGGUGACCUUUGUACUCACUCUCUCUUGUCUGUCACGUUGCCAGACACUUUGGCUCUUCGCUGCCCGCGUUGCUUGUUGAGCGCUGUGGAGGGGUUUCUUUCACUGCGGGCAUUGCUGGGAUUCCCAUAUAGGUCAGAGAUUAUUAGGCAGGGACAAACACAAGCCCCAUAGCGAGGACUGAGCUAAUCUUAGCUCAGCUCUGUUUAGAGAGCAGAGGUUUGCUGUCAGAGAUCAUCACUCUCUUUUUUUUUUAUGAGCUUUCAGAAGUAUUACAGAGUUUGACAGGAGGGCACUAUUAAUAUCAGACAUUUGGAGAUUAUAUGUUCCUUUUUAAAAGGCAGAACAUCUGGCAGUGACUUUGUAAAGAUUGCAUUUUGGGAAGUACGAACUGCGACUUACUUGGCAGCUGUGACAUUUAAAACACGGACUCGUCAAAGCGGCAAGCCUCGAACAUUUGCACCUCUGGGUUUUGUCAGACAUAGAAAAAACAAAAUGACAUCAAAGUUUUGGUCCAUCUUAAAAACUGAAAUCAAACACAUUAUCAGGAAAAAAUAAAACUUCCAAGAGAGAGUUACAAAAAGUCCACAAAAACAACAAAGACUUCAGAUAUUUCUCAACAAAUAAUUUCAGCUAAAACCUAUCAUGUACUUCAGGUUCUUUUUUUUUAAAGCAGUGGAUUAAUGUAAACUGUAUUUCCAGCUGUGAUCAUGAUGAACAUCUUCUUUUAGAAAUACUCACUAUUCUAGUAGUGGCGGGGGGGAGAGAGGGACAGCAGCAUGCACACACCCCGAGAGGUGGGCUGUUUCCUCUGUGUUCUGACCUACACGUAAUGGACUCUACUGUUAUGUCAUCUGGAACAGCGUCUCUUAGUUUGGUAGGCUCAAACACACGCAGAUCUCAUUUCCCCCUCAGCGGCCAACGCUAAUGUUGCACACUUUGCAGCUCGGGUCCUUCUUGGCGUUGGCGGUGGUUAAACUCUUGAGCUGGUGGUGCCCACUGAUCUGCUCCACGGUGCCCUGAUCCAAGUGAACCGGCUCUGUGAAAAGCACCUCGAGGAUGACAUCACUUGCAUGGCAGUAUAAAGGCUCUUCCCCCGGCCUCUGGGGUUCAAUGUACGUGAGGAAAGGGUUGGAUCCCAGUUCCAGCAGAGGCAAGCGGGUGCGACAGAAGGUGUCUCCUGCUGAGCCAACAGGGGCCAGCACAAGUACAACAUAGUGAUAAGCCGUGUACAUGCAGUAGAAAUCGGCAAAGUACAGGCUGAUGUUGGGGUUUAGCAGAUGUCCAGCUGGUAUUUGGAAGCGCAGGGGGCCAUAAGGGGAGUCUUUGGGAGGGAGGCCUGUGUCAAACUCGGUGUUGCAGCUGAAGAAGACCCCCUGCAGUUUGCCGUUGACGGGGGAGCCGUGACUGCCGCUGCUGUCUUUGAGGGCCGGGGGCAUCAGGCUCCCACAUUCCCUUCUGAUACAAUGAGAAGACAAAAAAAGACGAUUACAUUUGGGGUUUGGAGGAUACAGUAGACAGAAAUGUUUUCUUUAAUACUGGUAAUUAUACUUUAGAAAGCAGUGGUAGCAAAGAGAUCAGAAACAGCGAGUAUGGCUCUUGCUAAAAGGAGCAAAGUCAAUGAUCAGCACCAUUGAGUAUGUUUCAAAAGUACAAAAACAACAAGGUGGGUUCGUGUGAAGUGAAUGCCCUUUGGGGAUCAAUAAAGUUGUCUGAAUCUGAAUCUGAAUCUGAAAAUCAUCAAUGUGGUCCUAAAGUAUUCUCUCUCAUAGAUUCGCACAAUCUGAAAUAUUUUUGGGGUUCUGGGUGUUGUUAGUAGUGUAAGUAUCACUUCAGCAGGCAGUAAGUGUAUGUAGAAUGACUCAAGACAUGACCCUUUUUUUUAAUUUUGAGAUUUGACCUCAAUUUGUUAGAAUAGACCUUUAGUACUUUGUUUAACUAAAUAAUGGCAUUCAGCCCCUUUUGGCCCAAAACAGCCACAUCUAAACCAAUGCAUCAUGACCCUUGCAGCAGAAGAAUAUGCAGUGUUUUCUGAAAUGCAUUCAGUUUUUUAAAGCGGGGCUUCAAGCACAGCUCUUUAUUUCACUUUUUCCCCCAAGUGAAUGGCCCAUAUUGCCCUAAGUCAUCCCCGGGGCAAAAGCGAACAGUUCGAAUAACCCGCCAGGGACGCUACUCAGGCUGCUGAAGGCCGAUGUGCCUUUGUAACAAGCUCAAAAAGUCCCUUGGUGUUGAUAUGAAUGUUAAAUACUGAAUCUGAGGUGAAAAUAGUUUGUUGGUGUGUGCACAUGUGCGUGUGUAUCAUUUUCUGCUUGAGUGAUACACAUUUGAUAGUAGAUCUCUGCAGGUCAGAAUUUUCUUUUCUUUCACUCCGUCAAUGCUGCUUUUUUCACGACUGCACGUCUGCGGCUACUCUCUCACACAUGUCCUCAUUUUCACUGUAUGCAGAGACCUGGAAUGAAACUGUGGCGAUGAAACUGUGGUGCAUGUGAUUGCCAAAGACAUCUGAUCAUAGAGGAAUUUGAUUUUAUCAAGUCUUGUGACUGUUUAUUUUUAUCAUGCACUCCUUAAAAAGUAUGAAAGAGUGCAUGAUGCUAUUUUAUGUGUGAAAAAAUAAGUGCAUCAUGUUUUCAAAGAGGCAUACAAAAGGUUAAAGUUCUGAAAAUAAAUAACCUUUUAAUGUAAUUGUGUAAUUUGUCUACUAACCUAACCGUCUGCAUGUUGUUUGCUGUUUCUUUUACCAACUUUCUUUUCCAACUUUCAAUAAGAAAUGAGUAUUUGCUUCAUGUGGAACCAUUCCUUAACUGGUGCUUGAAUCAUUUAGAUGUACGUCACACUGACAGGGGUGCAGCACUGACCUGACAAAGUCGAAGUAUUCUGGAUGCUGGUUUCGAUAAAACACCGAGAAUUUUAGCAGCCUCCCUGCAGAGCCUUUAGCCUUGUCUAGGAGCUGCUGUAGGUGCUCCAUGGCAUAGUCUGCAAAGAUGAUGUGAGAUAAGAAAUCAUUUCAAAAGUCUGCGCUCCUUUGAAAUGCAAAUGAAUAACCAUUGCUGAGACAGACUUUCUUUUUUUGUCACUUCUGUGCGCUGCAGUUCUUUGUCCUGCUCUUGUGUAACUUGGGUUGGAGCUGUCAGACUAUAUAUUACACUAAUAGAGAAUGAGACGUACCCCCAGUGCAAAACUCUACCACCUGGCUCCACUCUGACACCUGGUAGUCCCCAUCGGGCUGCCGGACAGCAGUUUGGACAGCAACACAGUAUUCUGUCCUCGGACUGAGGAACCAGUGUCCCCUUACUGCCAUGGGGAGUGGCACAGCUUUGGCCACCAGCUUAGUUGGCACAUCCUGCAGGGGAAAGGAGGAGGGAGAUGACAUCCUGGACUGAGGGCUGCUGUAUGUUUUAAUCUACAUUUCAAAGCGAAUGUAAAUGCAUUUGUCGAGCUAUAAACUUCACCUUAUUAGCGUGGUACUGCAAUUAGAGCUCAAGCUGCUGUAACUAGGAUACAUCUUAUCAAAUCAGUGCCUUUGUUUUGACCAAGGCCUCUGAGAAGCUCAGCUAAUUAACCACAGGCUCAGAGGCUCAUACAGUAUAUCCAUAGCAACAUCUCUGAUGCAAGUUUGUUUGUGCCUCUUUAUUCCUCACAGAAAGAGAGAACAUGUCAUCCAUUCAGGAGCAACUUACUCACUCCUAACCCUGCAUGACUUCUCAAAAAGCAGUGAAUGUCAGCUGUAAUAAUAGACCAUAAUUACAGCCAGUACUUUGCAUUUGAAGCAGAGUGAGAUGAGAAAUGUAAGGCCUCAGCGACGGGAGAUAAAUUUAGACAUCAAAUGGCUGAAACGCUGAGAAUAUUGAGACUUCAGUGCAUUCAGCCAAUGUAACAAGGAGAAAUCCUGUAUCAUCUCGAGCUCUGUAGCCCAAAGCCACAUAUGGGCUGCUAAAAACACCAUGCUAACAUUGAAUGGUAAAAAUACCCAUAUGGAUAUGUAACAUAUGUAUACAUGUAUUGGGAUGAAAUGAGGGAAAACAUUAAUGAACGUGUAUGGACAAACCUUAUAUCAAAACCAAUGUUCUCUAUAUAUGUGUCUGUGGUCUUUACAAAUAUAUAAGUUUUAUUUAUUUUUAAUAUAUAUGAUCAAAACAUAUAUUAUCAUACUCCAAUUAAUUAUAUAGAUUUUUUAAUAUACCUGCAUUUAUAAUAAAAUCAUAUAUUUUUGACAUGGGUGAAGAAAACCUAUAAUGCCAUAAUCAGAUUUAACAUAUAUUAUCAGCAUAUAUAUAAAAAAUGCAUAUAAUACCAUAUAUAAAUCAAACAUAUAUUUGACAUAUGGACAAAAAAUGACACCAUAUAUGAAUUCAACAUAAAUGUAUUUUUUGUAAACUUGCAUCCAUUAAUUUAAUAUAUUCAAAUAGUAUGUAAAAAUAAUGAUGAUUUCUAUGUAUAUAGUUUAAUAUAUGUCAUUUUAGUGAUUUUAUACUGGUUUUUCCUAUAUGUUCCAGACUCAUUUGCCAUAUUUGUAACAUGUAUGUCAUAUAUCUUAUUUCUGUACUGGAAAUAGAAUCCUGCUGCAAAGCAGAUAUAACUGUCUCCUGUCACACCUUUCUAAGUUUAGUAUUUUGGCAUUUGUUAGUUUCAAUCAACAAAGAAAAGCUUACGUUGAUGGAGAUGACAGGAGUUUUGUGGGUGUUCUGGGCUUUUUGGAAAAGGUUGUGAAUUUUGAUUGAAAGUCAGAAAAUGACCAAAGAGGAGAACAUGCCCACACUUCAACAUGAGUCUAUCCAACGAUUAAGACAGUGACUAAAAAAGCCAGAAAUGUCAAACUGGUUGUAGUCAGAGCUUCAUUCAGUGGACCACCUCAUCCAAACAAGCUUCUUCUUCUACAGGGGAUCUGUCUGUUCAAGGCAAUCCAUCAAAUGGGCUUGUUGAGAUAUUUCUGCCCAGUCUAAUGUGGUUGCUGUCCCUUCAGCCAUGCCACAGGGCUGAACCAGAUUAGGCAAACACCAGUUCAUGGCAGGGAAAUUAAAUAUAUGUUUCCCC